GUUUUUGCGGUUAGAUCCGGUGGAGCUACAGGAGUUGUUGUUAAAGGUUUGGAGGAUAGAAAUCCUAUUUCUUUCAGGAUGGAAGACAAAGGAGAAGUGAAGUGCAUCAAAUUUUCCUUGGGGAACAAGAUACUGGCUGUGCAGAGAACUUUGAAGAGUGUGGAUUUUUUGAACUUUAUUCCAGAUAGCCCUCAGCUAGAGUAUACACAGGAAUGUAAGACAAAGAACGCCAAUAUUCUAGGAUUCUGCUGGACAAGCUCAACAGAAAUUGUCUUCAUCACAGACCAAGGAAUUGAAUUCUACCAGGUAUUACCAGAGAAACGAAGUUUAAAACUUUUGAAGAAUCAGAGUAUUAAUGUCAACUGGUACAUGUAUUGUCCAGAGAGCUCUGUUAUUCUUCUUUCAACCACUGUCCUUGGCAAUGUCCUGCAGCCAUUCUAUUUCAAGAGUGGAACGAUGUCAAAACUAUCAAAAUUUGAAAUUGAGUUACCUGCAGCACCGAAGUCAUCCAAGCUCAGCCUUUCUGAAAGAGAUAUUGCUAUGGCUACAAUAUAUGGACAGCUUUAUGUUCUCUAUUUGAGGCAUCACUCAAGGACUUCCAAUAGUACAGGAGCAGAAGUAGUCCUCUAUCACUUACCUAGAGAGGGCUCCUGUAAGAAGACUCACAUUUUAAAGCUGAACAGAACUGGGAAGUUUGCACUGAAUGUUGUGGAUAACUUGGUGGUAGUCCAUCAUCAGGAUACUGAGACUUCAGUUAUAUUUGACAUCAAGCUAAAAGGAGAAUUUGAUGGGUCUACUACCAUCCAUCAAUUUGUACUUCCGCCUCGAUCAAUACAACCCUAUCAAAUACCUGUAGCAG